UCCAGAAAGAGGUAGAGGAUGAGGAGAAAGCGGCAGCUCCUCUUCGAACAUAUCCACAAAGUAGUUUAACCCCUUUGACUCCACUGAACUGUCGACCGUCGAAACUUCGACAGACGAUUAUAACUGUGGAGCUUUUGUCAGAGUCGCCUGCCAUUCUCUUUUUUUCUAGGACUUUUGAAGAACAUUACUCACCAUGGAUUUUAACGGAACAGACCCAAGUUGCAGACGGCCACCACCGCUUGCUCUCGACAUCAUUUUAAAUCUGGAUCUGUUUGGGAUAAUCCUCUACUCUGUAUUAACCUUCAUGGCUACAGUGUCUGUGUUGAUUUACAUUGAGGAGUGUGUUUACAUCUACAAGAAAGUAGCAGCUAACAAGAAAAGUGCCAUCAUCUGGGUGAAUGGAGCAGCACCAGUUAUUGCAACCAUGUCCUGUCUGGGCAUGUGGAUACCAAAGGCUACAAUGUUCACAGACAUGACUUCAGCCACGUAUUUCUCCAUCGUGGUCUUUAAGUUUUUGAUUCUGAUGAUCGAAGAGUGUGGGGGCGAUGAAGCAUUUCUGAAGCGUUCGAAGAACAAGACAUUCAGAAUCAGCACUGGGCCUUGCUGCUGCUGCUGCCCCUGCCUGCCGCAGGUGCCUGUCACGAGGCGGUCCUUGUUCAUUUUGAAACUGGGGGCUUUUCAAUUUGCUGUACUGAAGGUGAUCUUCACCAUCCUCUCCAUCAUCCUCUGGACCAACGGGAACUAUGACGUAGCUGACAUGGAGAUCACUGGCGCAGCUAUCUGGAUUAAUCCAUUUGUGGGAGUUCUCACGAUUAUUGCCCUCUGGCCUGUUGCCAUCAUGUUCAUGCAUCUGCGCAACACAUUGCGGAGCUUGAAGAUUAUUCCCAAGUACGCAAUGUAUCAGUUGGUGCUGGUCCUUAGCCAGCUGCAAUCGGCCAUCAUCAACAUCUUGGCCAUGAACGGAACAAUUGCUUGUGCUCCACCCUACUCUUCCCAGGCACGGGGUUACUUAAUGAGUCAGCAGCUUCUGAUCUUGGAAAUGUUCAUCAUCACGCUUGUGACUCGACUUCUGUACCGACGGCAGUAUGAGCCCUUGCCUGAUGGAGAGAGUGAUGAAGAAUCUAAGAUGGUUGUGUCCUCAAAUAACACAGCAAAUGUGGCAUGAAAGGGAAAAGCUGUGCUCUGACAGUUUGUGUAUACAAAGAAUUUUCUGGAAAUGAGACCAGUUAGUGAUGCAGGGAAACAGGAUAACCUUUCCUUAACUGACUGACAAUCUGGAACUUGAAUGGACUUGGAAUUUAAUUCACUUUUUAUGUGAAUACUUUGAGCUGUGCCAAACACCCAGUAUCAAAUGUAAUCUUGGACAUUAAGCAUAUAAAUGGUAUUUUAUUUUUUGUAUUAAUUCUUAGAGGGCACCAUGAUGGAUGUCAGUUGGUUUACAAGUAAUAAUGACAUUCCAUCACACAGAAAAGUGUGAACUGGACACGAACCCAUAAAAGAAUGUCUUCUCUUUAACAUUUAAGACAAUCUCAGUGAGAUGACAUCUUUAGAAAGAAGCGCAACUUCCCUAUCAACACAAUAUAUACAGCAGCUAAUAAAGACUGGCUGAAAAUAUCACUUCUGUUCCUCUUUUCCCAUGCUUGUAAGUAAGGAUUUGCGUCAUUGUAAAAGUUGAUAUUUUCCUGAAUUUACCAUUAGCACUGUUUGUCUUUGGAGUUUCAAAGCCAAAUAAAGCCGCAGUUUACUUUUAUAAAACCA